AUGUUCAAAGGUCUCGCUCUCUAUAGAAUUCUUAAUAAAAUUGCUAUCAAACUACCAGAACUCCAGGCAGCUCAAAACCCUAUAGAUAAACUAUUAGGAACAGUGAACACAAUAAGUCAUGAUCAUUUGUUGUUCCGAAAAGCGAGUCCACGCUGGGUCCCAAAGCAGCUGUCUGCUUUUGACAGACACAAAAGAGUUGAAGUCUGUAGAGAACUGAAGGAACGCUAUAAAUGGGAAGGCUGGGAUUUUCUUAAUCGCAUCAUGACAUGUGACGAAACAUGGGUUCACCAUUUCACGACGAAUCCUAAAGAGCGUCCUUGCAGUGGAAGCAUACGAACUCACCACCUUCCAAGAAAUUUCGAACAGUUCCGUAUACUGGUAAGUGAUAGGAAGUGUAUCCUGGGAUAA